AUGUCAGUAAGUCUGCAUGGGUUAAAACAGAAUCCAGACAAAUUUACAAAAGAAAUACCUCAACAGGUUUCAGAUGCAAAGGAAAUCCCCGAAAUGCAGAUUCACAGAGAUGAAUUCAUACUGCUGAUGCAUCCAAUGAAGCCAGAGAGCUCCCAGUUUAUGCAAGAAGCAGCUGCCAGUGAGUACAUCUUCUCUUCUGUGGUGUUCAAGUGUCCCUGCAAUUCUGGGAACAUGCUGUAUGGCUCUGUCUUCCUCAUGGUGCCUGCCUUCAUCCUCUUGCUGCUCGGCUACAUGGUGAAUGCCCGGACAUGGCGCCUGUUGACAGGCGCCUGCCCUCCGGAGAAGUGCCGUGACUGCAGCCCCAGGGGAACCUGUGCCCGCUACUGCUGGGUGUUGAUGCCAGUGACAGCCAGAGCCUCGGUGGCUCCACUCACCUGGAUAGCCGUGGCCCUGCUCAACGCCAACUCCUACGUGUGUGCAGCCAGUGGGAACAGCCUGAUAAAGAAUCUCAUCUGUAAAGAUCAAGGACAAGAGUGCCAAAACCUGCUGUUCAAAAUACCCUGUGAUGAGAAGUUAUCAACAAACACAUCAAGUGAAUUUCUUAGGCUUCAGGCACAGUCCCAGCUGAUAGGGUGGUUCCUGAUAGCCAUCAUCACGACUGUGGCACUGAUUUCAACAUGUGUCAGCCACUGUUGCUCCCCAGUCAGCUAUCUUCAGCUCAAGUUCUGGAAAAUUUACUCAAAAGAAGAACAGAAACUCUUUGAGAUCAAAGCCAAAGAACAUGCAACCAAGCUGGCAGAAACAAAUAUAAAUUGCUUUUUUGAAGGCACUGACCCAGCAGCAUUUCAUACUCCCAGCAACAAAGACUGGCAGAAGAUUUCGUUGUUGUAUACAUUCAAUUCACAAGAGCAGUAUUACAGCAUGAUACACAAGUAUGUGAACACAAACAGAGGCAACAGCGCCAACUUUGAGGAAGACGGUCAACAUCCCACUGUUUUAGGAUUUGUUGAUGAAACAGAUGCAAUUGAUUCAGGGUUUUAGUGAAACAAAUCCUUUGCAAUGCUGGCAGUCUUUUAACCAGAAGAGUCUUAUUCUGUAUUCUUCUGUGCUGAAAUCUAUGCAAACGUUAUGUAAAAGAUGAUAGUUGUAACCCUCAGCAGAUUUGGUUUUAAAUAGACUUUAUUACUUUUGCUUAAAUACAUUUAAAUAAAUACAUCUGUCACAA